AUGAUAACAGUUAUGGAUGAUUUGGAUAUGCAUGACAUCGAAAACAAUCAUCUCGAUGAAGAAAAUCAUCAGUUUGGUUCUACUGAUUCAGAGAUUUUUCAUAACGAGGAAAAUCAAUCGGAAACCCAAGAUAUGAAUGACAUCGGAAAUGAUCAUUACGAUGAAGAAAAUCAUCAAUUCAGCUCUUGUGAUUCAGAGAUUCUGCAUAAUGAUGGAAAUCAAUCGGAAAUCCAAGUUCAAAGUGACAAUGUUGCAGCACAAUAUGGCUCUUGCAAACAAUUCAUUGGAGCUGAUGGUUCUUUAUUUUGGAUUCCAGAGGUUGAAGCUAAUUGGAUACCUAUUGUGGGUUCAAUUUUUAAAGAUAUCAAAGAUAUAAUUAAGUGGUAUAAAGGAUAUGCAUUAAGAUCUAGUUUUGAUAUUAGAAAAUCAACAGAGAGGAAAAAGAGUGGAAUCACAACUUCGAAAUAUUUUAUAUGCAAUAGAGGGGGGUUGCCAAACACUUCUACCUUAGACACAAUUAGUGAUCAUCAUAACAAGCAAUUGAUAAAUAAAGUUUACCUGUGGCGCUUUGAACAACAACACAACCACAAAUUGAUCAAUCAAGAUUGUAUGCAUCUUUCAAGAGCUAAACGUCACUUGAAUGUUGUUGAUCAAGCUUUUAUACAUAAGCUUUCGAGUGCAAAGGUGGGGGAAACUACAACAUAUAGGCUAAUGUGCGUUAUAAAAGGAGGAUGUGAAUUUGUUGAUGGACUAGAGAUAGAUUGGAAAAUUUUUACAAGGGAUAUAAAUUGUCACAUCGGGGGCACUGAUGCAAAUUUGUUGAUUACAAAGCUUCAGAAUCGUAAAGAGAAUGUUACAAAUUUUACAUAUGAAUACAAAUGUGACAAGAAGCAGUUAAAUGCUCUCUUUUGGGCUGAUGACACUUUAAAACAAAACUUUGAGUUAUUUGGGGACGUUGUUUCGUUUGACGCAACAUAUCGUACAAACAGGUAUUGUAUGGUAUUUGUACCUUUUAGUGACAUUGAUAAUCACAAAAGGUGCAUCACUUUUGGAGCUGGUUUGUUGUGUAGAGAAGAUACAAAUUCCUAUAUUUGGUUACUUCGGUCAUUCUUGAAGUGUUUUGGAAAAGCACCAAUCAUGGUCGUGACCGAUCAAGAUCCAGCAAUGAAAAAAGCUAUUGAGAUAGUAAGCUGGGAAACAAUGAAUGAAUCGGAUUUUAAGGCGGACUUCAAUAGUAUAGUAUGGGACCCCAAAAUUUUUGUCAAUGAUUUUGAAAUGAGAUGGGAUGCAUUAAUGGUAAAAUAUAAGUUGCAAGACAAUAAAUGGAUGAAAGAUAUGUUUGAUUUGAGAAGCAGUUGGAUUCCAACCUAUUUUAAAGAUGUACCGAUGUCAGGUCUAAUGAGAACAACUUCUCGGUCGGAAAGUGAGAAUUCAGCAUUCAAUAGGGUAUCACAUCAUGGUUAUACGUUAAACAAUUUCAUGAAUGCUUUUGAGUCUGUUAUGGAAAGGCAAAGGAAUAAUCAGAUCAAAUUUGAUUUUGAUACAUCUACUAUAACUCCAAUCAUCAAAACACCUCUUGAAGAUAUGGAGAAACAUGCAUCUAUGGUAUACACCAGGACUAUUUUUCUCAUGGUGCAGAGGGAGAUUCUUCAUUCACUUGUUUCUUGUUCACAGAAGAGUGUUACAUCAGGCGUUGUUUCUGACAUAUGCAUUGUCAAACAUAAAAGGACAAAUAUAUCAAAGAAGAAGGUAGUAGUUGAGAAAAAAGAAAAAGUUGACAUCGAUUAUGAAUGGAAUUUUAAUACAAGUGAAGGUGAUUUUGAGAUAAUACACAUCUUCUGUAUUCUAAAGAUUUAUGACAUACAAGAGAUUCCGUCAAGAUACAUUCUUAAGAGAUGGAGAAGAGAUAUUAUCCCCACCACAGUUUUGAAAAGGACGUUUAGAUAUGGUGAUUCGUCUGGAAAUGUUGAGAAGGUUGCAUACAAAGCUUUUUCCAUGCUUGAUCAAUGCUUGUCUUCAUUAAGUAAUGAUGACAAGAAGUUAGAAGAGUUCAUGCAGAAGCUUGAAGUUUUUAUGACUGGUAUUGGUGAACAAGGUUCAGGCAAAUUACCGGUUACAAAAGAAGCUCAUAUUGAUAAACUUUACGGAACUACUACGAAUCCUGAAAUUGUUGAUGUUGAAAAUCCACCUAUGGUGAAGAAUAAAGGUUCUGGUACAGGAAAACGUUUAAAAAGUGCUUUGGAGAAGGCUACUAUUCAAGGUAACAAGCAAUCAAGAUCAUGA